AAACUUGGCCGCAGUAAUUACGUGGUCGUCGAAGGACUCACUCAACAACCAUAAUCAUCGCUCAUAGUAUAUCAUGGGAUCGGACACCCUACGAUCCAUCAUCCUCGCGAAAAACCCCACCUUGAUCUUUGGGGCAAGCGAGUUUCUGCUAGCAUUCCUAUCACUGGGCCCCACGCCUACAUUCGUACCAUUGGUACUACUACUCACCGUUCUGCGCAUCCAUGGGCUGCGCAUCGCAUGCCGAAGCACGCGAAUAUUAGAGCUAAUGUGCUCUUGGGCAGCUGUGACGGUCGGGGCUUCCUUAGCGCAUUACUCUUCCGCAACCAAUGCACUGUCGAGUUCGACACAGUCAUUUGCUGCGGUCGCAGUCAUGUCUGCAAUUACAUACGUAUUGGCAAUCCUGCCGUUUUAUGCAGAUAUCCGCCUGCAUCGUAGGCUCCCAACUUUCUGGGCUCAAGUGACUUUUUUACCUGUUGUAUGGGCGACGACGUGGGCCAUUGUAUCCCACAUCUCCCCCGUGGGGAGACUCUUAAAUUGGAGUCCAGUCUCUACCUCCCACCCUUUUGGAUGGCUACUACCGUAUACAGGGCCGAUGGGUAUCGACUGGGCCGUCGGUGCCUGUGCGGCUCUGUUUUCGGAAGUUGCUGCUGCUUGGCUAAUGGGUAAUACCAGCAACGAUGAGCAACCCGUUCAACUGUUUACUUCGUCCACUAAAGCCCCGCAAUCCGAUAAGCGCUCGCGGAGUCUUCUCGCUUUAGGAACACUCCUUGUUGCACUUGCCCUCCCCUCUCUACAUGUCAUCACACCCGCUAGAACUGAUACGAUCUUUGAUACUUCGCCACUGGGUGUUGCCUGUGCCCUCCCACCUGUUCACAACGGUCAACAUCCAACUCUUGGCGACUUCAUCACCGAGACCAAGAAAUUAACUUCGCAGGCCAAAGUAGUUCUGUGGCCCGAAAGCGCGGUAGUAUUCAAUAAUCAAGGGGAGAGGGAAGUCGCAUUCGAAGAGUUGCGGAAGAAUAUCCAGAAAUCUGUUAUUGGAGUCGCUUUCGAGGAGUCCGUCCCCCAAGAUCCGUCAAACCCCGGUGGAUCUCGCAUGCGGCGCAACGGACUUGCCCUUGUCCAUGAAGGACAGAAGAAGGGCGAGGAAGUUAUACAAUAUUACAAACGUAACCUGGUACCAUUUACAGAAUCCUUUUCAGCAAUCCCUUCCACCGACCCUCCUGCGAUAUACGACUUCGAGCUUGGCCCUCCAAAAUGGGCGACGAAACCCGAAUGGUCCUCGCCGCCUAACUAUACCCGCCCGGUUCCCAUCACAUCAUCUAUAUGUCUUGAUUUCGCGUUCUCCUCUGCAUUCAGUUCGCUUAGCUCCAGGCCGGCUUUGAUCCUGGCACCGGCUCGCACGUGGGACUCCACCGUCAGUCUCGCAAUGUGGGAGCAGGCAAAGUCACGUGCAAAUGAAAUCGGGAGCAUGGUGCUAUGGUGUGAUGGAGGGGCAAUGGGAGUCAGUGGCGUUGGAGGUGGGGGCAUUUCGGAGAUUAUGCAACUUGGCUCCGGAUCGUGGACUCGCACAAUCAGCUUGCAGUUCCCCUUCGACCAAAGAAGGACUGUCUAUGCCGUGGCUGGAGACUUUGGUGUGCUCGUUUUGUUGGUGGUGGUCAUGGGCGGAGGCUCAGUUGCUUGGCAUCUGCCGGCACUCUCCGGCAGCCGUUCGGUCCUGCAAGCAGUGCCGCUCUUACGGCGUCUCUUCCCUGGUAGACGAAGGGAUCAAGAGAACCUGAUUGAUGCUGAAGUGCCGGGAGAGAGGCAGAACCUACUGCACUAAUAUCCCCUGCAGUAUUGUGAAUGAGAACUCGUUUUUUGUUUGUUUUUUUGUUCUGCUUGCCCUGUGUACUUAUAGUUACUGAUUCCAAGUCCAAGUUACUCUGCUUAGUACGAACACAAUUCUUUAUAUCAGCUGGUUGUUUUCCUCAGAUCAAACAAUGAAAAUGAUUGAUAUUUGGUAGCUGAAUC